GAGUUGCGACCCCUGUUAACCAAAAAUACCAAGAUCAAACAAUAUUUUCUUCAUGGGCUGAUUAAUCACUUCUAUUUUCAUUGGAGUUUGUUUGAUUUGAUUUUCGCGAAAAUGGAUAGAGACAAACUUUGUACCAGCCUUAUCACUUGGCUGAAGACUUUCAAUAUAGAUGUGCCAUGCAGCACGGCUGAUGAGCUUAGUAAUGGAAUAGCCAUGGCACAAGUACUUCACCAGAUAGCUCCAGAUUACUUCAGUGAAUCCUGGAUGUCUAAGAUGAAGAGAGAUGACACCCUAAACUGGAGGUUAAAGGUCAGCAACUUGAAGAAAAUAUUGAAAGGAAUACUGGAAUAUAAUCUUGAGGUGCUUGGUAUACAGAUUCAAGGUUUCCAGAUGCCCGAUAUAAAUGCCAUAGGUGAACACAACAAUGCAUCUGAGCUGGGGCGGUUGCUGCAGCUGAUCCUGGGCUGUGCUGUCAACUGUGAGGAGAAGCAUGAGUACAUCCAGCGCAUCAUGGCCAUGGAGGAGUCAGUGCAGCAGAUGAUCAUGAACGCCAUUCAGGAGUUGAUGACAAAAGAAAUUGCUUCUGCGGCAGAUUCCGAGUCAGAAAUGGCAGAACAGCUGAAGAAGACGGUGGAAGAAUUGAAUAGUGCCUUAGAAGCUAAAGAAGAACUCUUGCAACGAUGUCACGAACUUGAUAUGCAGGUGGCGUCACUGUCAGAGGAGAAGACAAUGUUCAGUGUGGAGAAUGAGAGACUAUUGGAGAGACUCCAUCAAGCUGAGAGUAUGGACGAUCCAAGUACCCCUGCUGGAAAGAGGUACCACCACCUAUCUAGUCAGAUAGAAAAACUACAGGAAGAGGUGUAUAAGCUGGAGACAGGCAAGGAUGAUUACAGAAUCAAAUUUGAAGUGGCAUCAAAAGAACUUGCAGAACAGAAGGAAAAGAAUGCUGAGUUAUCAGCAUUAGCCGAUGAAGCCAGGUCGUUAAAAGAUGAACUGGACAUUCUUAGACAUACAUCAGAACAAGUGGCCAAAUACGAAUCAACAAUUGAGUCCUAUAAAAAGAAAUUGGAGGACAUGAGUGAUUUACGAGGACAGAUAAAAAUGUUAGAAGAGAAAAAUACUAAAUAUAUGCAAGAGCAUUUAGAACUACAAGAGGAUGCACGUAAGGCGUCCUCCUUGAAGCAGCAGCUGGAGAUGUACAAGAUCCAGACCCAUGAGCUGCAGAGCAAGUUGGCAGAUGAGAUCAAACGAGCUGACAAGGCCGAGUUUGAGUUCAAGAGGGUGCAGGAGAAGAUGGUUACAUUGCAGAGUGAGAGAGAUAGAAUAGCGACUGAGCGGGAUUCCCUCAAAGAGAUGAAUGAGGAGCUGAAAUGUACAACCCAGUUCCAGGUGCCGGACAUCGUGGCCGGGAAUAAUGAGCUACCAGACCUGGCAUCCACACCGCAUCGCAUGGAAAUGCUUUCAAUACCUCCAGAAAUUAAGGAGAAAUUACUUCGUCUAGAGCAUGAGAACAGGAUGUUGACGAUGGGGUCGGCAGGGACGCAGGAUGAGCAGACACAGUUGAUACAGACGAUGCUGGACGAUGCCAAUGCCAGGAAGAAUGAGCUAGAGACAGAAGUCAGGAUAGGGAACCAGCGUAUCUUGGAGCUUGAGGCGCAGCUGGAGGACCUCCAGGACAACAAGCUGUCCAGUGUUUCCAACACCGAGGUCAUACAGCUGCAUAAGAAGAUCAACGAGCUGGAGCAGAAGGUGGACAGUCAGACCACGGAGCUGGGUCAGCGUAACCGUGAGCUGGCACAGCUGCAGGGACAGGUCAGCGCUGGCGCCGACAGGGUGCUGUCUCUCCAGGAACAACUCAACAAGAAGGAUGACGACAUGAAGACGAUGGAGGAACGAUACACCAGAUACCUCGAGAGGGCCAAACAGGUUGUGUCUGAGAUGAGCAGCAUGCAGAAGAUGGAUGGCGAUGCUCCUGAGCUUCAGUUGCUGAGGAACCAGCUGAUAGAAAAGGAGAGGCAGAUAUCACAGAUGGAGAAGGAGAGUGAGAAGACGAGGAACAUACGAGACCAGGAACAGAAGCUGAUGGUGUCUGCCUGGUACAAUCUGGGUAUGCAAAUCCAGAGGAAAGAAGCUGAAGAGAGACUUGUCAACAGCUCCCUGGGUCAGUCAUUCCUAGCACGCCAACGUCAGACUCGCACUCGUCAGGGCCAGCCACAAGUCACCAACCGUCCCAAUUCUACAAGUCAAUUCAACUAAACUGUAAGUGUUCAACGAAGGUACUCAUUGAAUAUUCAGUCUAUGCCACAUUUUGCUUCUGUAUGCAUCACUGUAUCACGAUGAAUCUAUGUCACACACACUGUGUCAUGUGUCACAUCUAGGUCAGACAGGAGGUCAAUAUUUCACAACAUUGUCAUUUGCACUGGGAUUUCCUUCAGUCCAACAACAUACCUCAGUUAACACUGAAUUACUACAAACUAUCCACUAUCUACAAUAAAAGCUUCCUAUUUUGAGCAAGAUUUUAAUUGUUUCACACUUUUGAUUUUAAGAAAUGUUUCAGUACUGAAUGUAUGUCUAUAUGCACUAGUUCGUAAUCUUUUGAUGUAAAUAAUGAAAAGUUUAAUCAGAAAAGCACACGUUUGGGGAAAGGGACCAGAUGUUCUCACUUCGUCAAACAAUUUUAUCUUGGUAAACAUGGUAAAGUUUUUUUUAUCAUGUUUGUUUUAUACCAUCUACAUCUAUGCUUUUGAAAUGAAGUGUUCAAGUGUUAUUUCUGUGUUAGAUUUGACAGAAGGGAGUCAAACAGCAUGACAUAUUUAAUCUUGUAUUGCUGAGAAGGAUAAACUCUCACUAUGGAGGAAGGACAAGGGUUAAAGUAUGCAUGAUCUCUUAUUACUGCUGCAUGUUCGGGGGAUAUAAGGUUCACUGCACCGUGGUUUCACACCAACAAAUCAGUAGUCGUUGGCCCCGUUCCAGAAAGUAGUCUUGGCAAUAUGAGGAUCUUAGCUGCCAUAUUUUAAUAUAUACCUAUGGUAGUCGUAGUACUAAGAUGAUCAUAACAGCCAUACUUUAACAUACACUUAUAAGAUGGUCGUGGUUGCCAUACUUUAAGAUACACUUCUGAUUGUCGUAGUACUAAGAAGAUCGUAGCAACCAUACUUUAACAUACACUUAUAAGAUGAUUGUAUUUGCCAUACUUUAAGAUACAUUUCUGAUAGUCGUAUAACUAAAACAUAACAUAAAAUCGCAUUGUCUUAAAUGAUAUGUUGGGUUGAAGUUUUACCAUGUUUACUGUAAUUUAAAUGCGUUGCUUGUAGCAGAAGGUUUUAUUAGCAUGCAAUUUCAUACUGAACAUUUGAAGAAGGAGUUUCUCUUUUUAUUGAAACUGACAUGGACAUGAUGGAAAUGUUGGCAUAUUUCUGAUUAUUUCUGAUUAAGUGACAAGUUAACAAGCUUUACUUUUGGGUGAGUGAUUAAAUGAUGCCUAUCAUACACCCUUGAUCUUGACAUUCGUACUUGUGUUUCUUUAGUCUCUUUACAUAUGUUGUUAACAAUUUUCUACUAACCCUGUUUUGUUGUCUUUGCAGUGUCUCACUUGGCACUAGCAAUAACAUCCCGUCGUCAUGACAACAGUGACAUCAUCGCUAUCAUGGGAUUGGUGCUUGACAGUGGCGGCAGUGCACACUAUUGCUGGCUGUGUUUCAUACACUCAUAUAUUAUUCUGUAUCAGUGAGAUGCAGACUGUAUUAUAUGUAUUAUAUAGCAUACAAGAUGAAUAUGUUUAGCAUGAGUAUAUGCAUUCGUAUGCAGCGGAAAUUGAAGGGAGACAACUCGACUCAGAAAGUUUGAAUAUUGAUGGCAAUUAUCAUGAAAAAUUCUGAUAACAGAAACCAUUCUAGUGGAGCUGAGACCUGAGCUGGGUUCUAUGACACAUAGUCCAUGACAGAAUAAUGUGACAUUAUUCUCUCAUAAAAAUAAUAUGUCUAUUUAUAAUAUGCCAGAUUUACUUAGUGAAUGCUCAUGAUGCUGGCUCAUGGGAUGGGUGUGUGUGUUUUCAAUCUAUUUGUCCUUGGCUGGAAUUUUUAAGUGGGUUGAGCAUGAAACAUCAUCAGGAUCAACAAUAAAGAAGUUGUUAUAUGCAAGUAUCUUGAAAAUUAGUAAGUUCCAGUACAUUUGACUAAUUAUGUUGACGGAGAAUUGCUUGAUUGAAAAUUAUCAUUUCUCAUCCAUGAGAACUGAACGAAUCAAGCUCUCAAGCAUUGGGUCUGCUUCAUAAGAAUUCCUACACUCAUGCUGAGCAUAAUGAUGAGAUGUAUAUUGUUAAGUCAUGCAUCACUGAGUAACAACACACUAACUGCCUUAACAUCAGAAAACUAACAGCAGGCUAUGGGGGCCUUACUCACAUCCUUUGUGUAUCAGGGUUACAUUGGUCAUUGUCUUGUCAGCCCAUUAAUAAAUGUUACAUUGAAAACAAGCUCAGUUCAUCUCAUUAAAAGUGAGCCCAGUAGGUGUUUUGAUGAUCUUUUAAAAAGAUAUUGAAAAUGUAUAACUUUAGUGAUCAAGAUUGGUAGGUUAGUUGAUGAUGUGAUGUUUGGAGAUGAAUGUGAGAAUGUUUGACUGCAUGUGUUUGAGAUGAUGUUAAAGUAACAGAUGAUGUUUUUUCUGUAUGUUUGUAACAUGAUAGUAUAUGGUCAUGGCACCAAACCUCAAACCAUUUUAUAAGAAUAAAAAGAAAAUUACUGUCUCAGAUAUUAAGAUGAUGUUUUUUGUGUUUCAUUGCAUGGCAUUUCUUUGGUUUAUUAUGUGGGCUUGCUUUGUGGUCAUUGAAUUAUAUUUGCAUGCCAGGGUUAAGCAGUUAUGUUUCAUUUCAUCUUUGAUUGCCGUGCUUUGGUUUUCAGAUAUUUUACAGUGAAUCAUUUGUUGUAUGUACAUUUCAUCCUAGUCUUAAAGUGGUUACUCUGCUUUUGGUAUUUGUAUUUUCAUGUGAAUUAUUUGCUUACUUUGCAGUUUUGUGUCUAUAACAUCUUAUCAGGGUAUGUAGAGCUGUCUUGCAGUCUGACCAUAUUUACCUGAUUAUGUAAACCCAAUAACCAUGAUAACAGACAGUCUUAGACAUGUAACAUGCAGAUAAUAGUAUAUACAGAACAAAAAAGUUAGGAGAUCAUGAAAUAUUUUUAUAUACAAUACACAUUUAAAGUAAGUCUUCGCUACGAAAAAAUAUCCCCCAAAUUAUUCAUGGUCCCUGUUUUUGUUCAAUAUAUAGAUAUCAUCAUGAUCAUGAGUUGACCAUGACUGUUACUGUAACAGGAUAUGUUGGAGACAAAGCAGGAUUAGAAAUAGACUGUUUCACUAGUCUGCAAAACAUUGUCAUCUACCAAGUGGUUCAAGUGAUAAUCCACAAGGAAAUGCUGCUGAUCCUCCCUGAAUUUUACUUGUCUUAGACUAGUGGAUGUAUGUUAAUGUUGAGCCCUUAUUAUACACAAAACAAUUGAGCUUAUCAUUGUAAUUGUUGUGUCAAGUGAUUAUGAUGGUUUAUAAGAUUUUUGUAGAAGUAAUUGUAGAAAAUAGUUCCUUUCACUUUCUUCUAAAAAGUAGUUAAAACUAACUAAAUAAAAUCAGUUGUCACUGUUGGAAGUCCUCCAUUGUAUGAUUAAGCUGUUUGUGGAUCUCUUCAUCUAAAUAUCAAACUUCAAUGCCAGGGAAUAACCUGUCUUGACUAUCUGCUGAAACAGUUGCCAUUGGGCGUAUAAGGCAAAAUUGCUGUGAAAAGUUCAUGAAUGGAUCACUGAAAAUCAGUGAUGACACCAGGUGUUCGCGAAAUGUCUGUUAUCAGAGGUUGGCUUCUUGGUGAUUUAAACAGCAUGGGUUUGUAUUAUCCUCAUUGCACAUGGGUCAGAGAAAGGAUUCCUGAUCCACGUGUGGGCAUGUUUUUGUGUGUGGGCAAAUGUUUUUGGUUGAUAUAUUGUUACAACUGAAGACAGUUACAUGAUGUAACUUGCAUGGUGCAGUGAGUUAUCAGACUUGGCAUGUGUAUCGAAAUUGGUAUAAGCUGGGAAUUCUUAAUCAUGCUUCUUGUCAGCUUGUCUGGUGAGGAUAUUGAUGUAUACUCACAUUUGAAUCUGGAUUUUAAUUGAAAUAUGACAUUGUCUUGGCUACAUUAUCUUAGAAAUAUUUAUAGUAAUUCAGCAGUCAAUGUUAUUGUGUUGUGUUGGUAAGUUCAGAUUCCUAUGUUGGUUAGGUAAGCAAACUGUGAACCUGUUUAGCUGAUAUUCUGUUUAUGUGUAAGUAAUGUGUCAAAAUGCUUCCCAUGCUGAUUAAAUCAGAAGAAAUAUAUAUAUAUAUAUUUAUAGAAUGUAGAAAUAAUCUAAGCAUGUGGCAGAUCAGUAUGCAUACUAUACUUUAUUACCUAUAUUAUAUUUUACCACUUAGUUUAACAUGUCUAUGAAAACCACUAAUGGUUUGUUACCUUUAUCAAAUUUCCUAAACUAUCAUAGUAAUUCAACCAUUUUAUUUCCUUUAGAUACUUUCUUGAGGUUCUCUUCAUUUCUUCUAACAAAAUAUCAACAGAUUGGUCAUUGCCCCUGGGGACUUGACAUUGACAUUCAUUGAGUUGUCAUUUGUUUUACUCACAUGGUAUUUACACUCAAGAGUUGUCAUUGGUCCUGGUGACUUGGUAUUGUCAUUCAUGCAGUGUCAUUGGUCCUGGUGACUUGGUAUUGACAUUCAUGCAGUGUCAUUGGUCCUGGUGACUUGGUAUUGACAUUCAUGCAGUGUCAUUGGUCCUGGUGACUUGGUAUUGACAUUCAUGCAGUAUCAUUGGUCCUGGUGACUUGGUAUUGACAUUCAUGCAGUGUCAUUGGUCCUGGUGACUUGGUAUUGACAUUCAUGCAGUGUCAUUGGUCCUGGUGACUUGGUACUGUCAUUCAUGCAGUGUCAUUAGUCCUGGUGACUUGGUAUUGACAUUCAUGCAGUGUCAUUGGUCCUGGCGACUUGGUAUUGACAUUCAUGCAGUGUCAUUGGUCCUGGUGACUUGGUAUUGACAUUCAUGCAGUGUCAUUGGUCCUGGUGACUUGGUAUUGACAUUCAUGCAGUGUCAUUGGUCCUGGUGACUUGGUACUGUCAUUCAUGCAGUGUCAUUGGUCCUGGUGACUUGGUAUUGUCAUUCAUGCAGUGUCAUUGGUCCUGGUGACUUGGUAUUGACAUUCAUGCAGUGUCAUUGGUCCUGGUGACUUGGUAUUGACAUUCAUGCAGUGUCAUUGGUCCUGGUGACUUGGUAUUGACAUUCAUGCAGUGUCAUUGGUCCUGGUGACUUGGUAUUGGCAUUCAUGCAGUGUCAUUGGUCCUGGUGACUUGGUAUUGACAUUCAUGCAGUGUCAUUGGUCCUGGUGACUUGGUAUUGACAUUCAUGAAGUGUCAUUAGUCCUGGUGACUUAGUAUUGUCAUUCAUGCAGUGUCAUUGGUCCUGGUGACUUGGUACUGUCAUUCAUGCAGUGUCAUUGGUCCUGGUGACUUGGUAUUGACAUUCAUGCAGUGUCAUUGGUCCUGGUGACUUGGUAUUGACAUUCAUGAAGUGUCAUUAGUCCUGGUGACUUAGUAUUGUCAUUCAUGCAGUGUCAUUGGUCCUGGUGACUUGGUACUGUCAUUCAUGCAGUGUCAUUGGUCCUGGUGACUUGGUAUUGACAUUCAGGCAGUGUCAUUGGUCCUGUUGGUUUGGUAUUGACCUGUCUUGGUUGAAACAUUAUCUUUCUGACCUUUGUCAGUUGCCAUCGGUUGUAGUGACAUGACAAUGACGUGUGAGCUAUCCUUGGUCAGGUGAAACAUUAUUCACAUGAUAUUUGAACAUGAAUUAUGUUAUAUGAUAAUUCUGGAAUUUACAUUAUUGUUUUUAUAAAUACUUUCGAUUCAGCAUGAUGAUUCUUUGCUUGUCAAACGCUUUAACAUUUCCCUGAUAGCAAAGAAGUGGAACACAUGUCUUUACCAAACUUGUGUUUCCUCAAAACAUUGAAUCAUCACACUUGAAAGCCAACUUUGAAAAGGUAUCCCUCAGAGUAAGCAGCUUGUUGUCAGUUGUUGGGUGUAGUCAUACAGUUGCAUGGCACUGAUUCCUGUAAGCUGUAUAGCCCCAACACAGGAUCUUUAUAUUAAUGAUCUGGCCAAUGUGUUUGUAGUCAUUUUCCUAUCAUUUAGGUUAAAAUAUUGAUAGAAAGUACUUAACGUACUCAUUUUGUUCCCAUAUAACCACAAAGAGUUUGUCUGAUUACUCAAUGUAUGUCCAGUUAAUCCUGUAAUCCAAACCACUGGGCAUCAGUCCACAUCAGGGCAUUGAUAUACCGCUGUCACAGAGAUAUACAUACCAUGUAUGUGAUACACAGUCACUGCUCACUGACAAGGGUGUACAUGCAUGUAUUCUACAUAUGGAUGUAUUUUACCUAUCCUUCAAUAUGAUGGUUUAUCAGGGAUACCGUAUACCUGUAUAUACAUAGUGUAGCUGUUUCAACCAUUAUGAAUGAUUCACUUGCAGUAUGUCAGAGCCAUCUUACAGAAUGAAUGUCAUCAUAUAUAUCACAGCCAUCUUAAAGAAUGAUUGGCAUGCCAUAUAUCUGAUGCAUCCUAAAGGAUGAUUGAGAUGUAUAGUGGACAUUUUCAGUAUUGAUUUGUUGUGAUGUAUUUACACCUAGUUGUUGAAGCCAAACUUUGCAGUGAUAUCCUUCUUGCAUAGGUUGAGUGGUACAGUAUCUAGUUUGUCAGAAAGGAUGACUGGUAAAUGUUUCUAUUUUCAAUUUAGAUUGAAGAUUUGGUGUUAUAAUAUACACCUAGUUUGGUAAAUGACUGCAGUAUUACACACCUUUAAUUUAUAAGUCUGAAGAGCUAUUGAGAUUUCAAGUUUGUGUUACCUGUGAUGUAAAUGCUAUGAUAUUUAUUACAGAUUAACUUGAAGAUGCCAACUUGCCAUGUGGAAGGAUAAUAUACUGAGCACCUAUAUUUCUUUUUGAAGAAAUUCAUAUUAUCAUUUAGAAAAAUUGAAACUGAACAUUCUGAAGAGCCACUGAAACCAGAAGACAUUGCAAAGCUAGAGUAAUCGUAACAGUGGUGUUGGAUGUUACUCUUUCUAUUGAUCAAUGGUUUGGACAGACUUAUUUAUCAGCAGCAUUGAUAUAGCUGAAAUAUUGCUGACUUCGGCAUUAAAUGAAAAACAAAUCCUUUUCACUUUGGAUACCAGCAAUAAGGCUAAUCUCAUGGGGAGUAUGACUACCAUUCAGUAUAGUUUAUACAUAGAGAUGUGCCAUUACAAAUCAUAGACACUUCAACAACAGAAAUUAACCUGAAAUGUUUGGAAUAACAUGACAACCCCUUAACAUCACGAAAUUCUGCUAGUCAUCAGGAUACUUACUUACAAUAGAUGAACUGAUCAGGCUAGCUGGCAUGUGAAUUUCUACCCCUGUACUUUUUUACAUGUGUAUAAUCUCUUAGUCAAGUGGGGAAUAUGGGUUUUAUCAUUUGUUAUCGAAACAGACUGUAACCCGAGGCAGACAUUUAUUCAAAGUUAUGCAAAAUCUUCCAGGAUGGUAUGACAUGGAUUGGAUAUGUUGAUUAGUUGUUCACAGAGUUUAUAUUUUAAUAAUGUGAUGCUUAAUGCAGUGAAUAUUUAUCACAGACUAAACUUGAUCUCCGCGUUACAGUUCCAUGUGAAUUAUUCUAUUUCAUAUAUCAUGCAUUUGUAUCUUGAAAAUAUAUACAUGCAUAGUUAUUGGGGGGAGGAAAACUAAAUAGGUAUAUUACUGUUCAUUGUCGAUGUCUUUCUUCCAUGCCUGUUACAACCUUUCUCCUUUGAUUUUACAACUGUUCAGCAGCUUUUUCAGUGUAUGGGAAAUAUCUGUCUGUAUUUAAGAUUUCUUGUUAAGGGACAGAUUUGAGAUCCUUUUCACAUUUGUUUGCUGUCUAUAUUUUCAAACCGAGGGUGUUGUUAUUAAACAUGUUAAAUCAUAAAUUUACUAUAACAAGCAACUGAACACAUGUUGAAAUGGCAAUGUCCUGCAAUAUAUGACAACAGGUGUACAUUUCUCCUUAUACUGUUAGAUUGUAAAAAAAUACUAGUGCUAUUUAUGCUAUUAAUGCUUAUAAUCUUUGUACAUAUAUUCCAUUUUAAAACCAAAUGCAUGUUGUAUGAAAUUUAUUCAUGAAUCCUGUUCAAUAAAUAUAUAUUUGGGGUAAGCCAAAUCAGACACAAUGGCCACCAUAUGAAGAUUGAAAAUCACUGAAGAAUGUCUCAUACAUUAUUUGCUGUGGAAAAGUUAAACACCUUCUAUUAGAUAGUUCUAACGAUACUAUUUACCUCAUUAUGAUGCAGGGCGGCGGGGUAGCUUAGUGGUUAAAACCUUCACUCAUCACGUCAAAGAUCUGGGUUCGAUUCUCCACAUGGGUGUAAUGUGUGAAGCGCAUUUCUGGUGUCUCCCGCCAUGUUAUUGCUGGAAUAUUGCCAAAAGUGGCAUAAAACCAUACCUACUCACUAUAAUGAUGCAACUAACUACGUAAGUAUUGGUUUCAAUCAACUUGGAUGUCUUUAUUUUCAAUAUCACAGAAUAAAAGUUCAAACUUGAACUGCCACAUGAGUGUUACAAAAUAAUAUAAACAACAUUUUAACUUUAAAAAGGUCACUUGUUAGAUGUGGCACUAAGUCUGUUAUUCUUUUUACGUCACUUUAGGAAAUACCCUUACCUCUGUUCUUGACCUAAAGAAGUGAAGACGUUAGGUUCUGUCCUGCAUUAAGGUUGUGUAAAGUGUUGACAUAAGUGAUUGUCUUGCAGCACCAUACACCUUACAUCAACUGAUUCCUUGUUUCAUUUAGCCAUCCUUGUUGCUUUAUUGUUUUUACUUUGUUUCAACUGUAGCUUUGUCAUAGAAACUUAUUUCAUCAUCAUCAAGCAAAUGUUCUUGUGUAACCUAUUUCCAUUCUGCUUUAUUUUUGUAUUUUGAGGGUUUGAAUCUUUGAUUUCCUCAGUGAACAUAUGAAUAAAUCCUUCUAAUCUGUCAAAGUUUUUAAGUACCUUGCAUGAACGUUACCUAGAUAGCUUCAAGGAAAAUAUGGUCUAUGCAAGAAAUCAUAUUCGACAUUAAUUAAACACAAGCUUUUGUUUUGUGAAAAUAUGUAUAUUUUGUGUCUGUCUUCAUGAAGGAUUGAAUGUCUUAACUACCACUCAUUUACAGAUCCCAUUUGUAAGAGUAUCAUUUGAUAAGAUGAAACUAUGACAUAUACAAAGCAAGGUAAAAAAUAAGGACAACGAAAAAGUGAAGGUUUACCAUCUUAACCAUGAAUUACAGUGAGGAUUGUUCUCUUGAAUGCAAGUCAAAAGGAAAUAUGCCAUGGAAAAUUUGGCUGUAUCUGUGGCUGUUUGCAAUGAUAGUCUUUUGACAAGACAGUCCUCUAUAAAUUAUGGUACUAUUCAAGAUUGUUUGGAACUGACUGUAUAUGGAAGGUUUUACAAAGAUUUUGAUUAUUAUGAUUAUUAUGACAAGAUUUUGUAAAUGGGAGUAUGGUACUUUGUUUUGUUUUGAAUGCAAUGUAGUUUAGCUUUUCUGAAUGGGAUGCUGUUAUUAUGUCAUGACUGGGAGUUUCAUACACCUCUACUAUAGAAGGCCCCUUGUCACAUAUGCAUUUAUAUGUAACAUAUUUCUUGUACUGUACAUUAUUUGUAUAUAUAUUUAUCCAAUAAAUAUUUUGAUCAUGAA